CGACAGUAGAGCGAAGGUUAAGAUAGACUCGAACCUAAAUACAUACAGACAAGGAUUCAGGUCGUUCUCUACCGCAGUGUACUCUUCUUGACCAACAUUGACCAGACACUCUUGCUACAAUGUCCGACCUCAGAGACCUCGCCCGCAACCUCAGUCAAGGUGUUGAGCGUUACGCCGACGAGCUUGACAGGGCAGGAUGUACUCAAGACGACCCAAAUCUGACUCUCCUGGGCUCCAAAGGCCUCGCAGCCAGAGAAGACAUCAUCAUGGGCGCCGAGAAGACGCUCCAGCUCGCUCGCGGCCCCGUUGCAACCCUAAUUGGGUUCAUGGAAUCGGCCGUUGACCUCGGCGCAAUCCAAACGCUCAUCCAGCUCGGCGUGCCGGAGCAGGUCCCCUUCCCGGGCUCGAUCACCUACGCCGAGUUGGCGAAAAAGCUCACCACCCCCAUCUCCCCAGACCUCCUGCAGCGCCUGGUCCGGCUCUCCCGCCUCCACGGCUGCCUAGACGAAGACGCCGCCGGCGCCGUCACACACACUCCCGUGUCCGCGAUCUUCGUGACCGAUGCUAAUACCGCGGGGCAAGCGAAAUUUAUGGCGAGCUUUGGCAUCCGGCCGUGCGCGUUCUUGUAUGAGUCCGUUAAACUCGAUCCGAGUGGAGAGAAUCCGCGCCGUGGGCCUUUGGCUAUCAUGGCGAGGGAGGAGCGGCCGGGCAUCGGCGAGGGCCCGACGUUCUUCGAGGUGCUGGAGAAAGAUGCUACGAAUCAGGCGCGGUGGCAUGAUGCCAUGGCGGUGCAUGAUGACUCGAUCAUUCGGCUGGUUGCGCAGGCGUAUGAUUGGGGGAGCGUGCAGAGCCUUGUCGAUAUCGGCGGCUCCGAAGGCCACGUCGCCACCGUUAUCGCAAAUUCCUUCCCCGACAUAACCAUAACCGUGCAAGACCGGCCCGAAAUCAUCGCGCGUGCGAGGUCCCGCAGCAGCCAGCACCCGCGCGUUUCCUUCGUCGAACACGACUUUUUCACUCUGCAGCCACUCACCGCAGACGCGUACUUUCUCCGCUUGAUCCUGCACGACUGGAACGACGCGGACUCCGCUCAGAUCGUCCGCCAGAUCAUCCCGGCUAUGCGGGAGGGGACGCGGCUGCUCAUCAUGGACGCGGUACUGCCGGAACCCCGCGAGGAGGGCAACGGCUCGGUGCUGAGGGAGAGACAGCUGCGGAGGAGUGAUAUUGGCAUGUUUACGCUGUUCUCAGCGAAGGAGAGAAGUUUGGCGCAGAUGAGGGAGUUGGUGGAGGGGUGUGAUGGCAGGUUGAGGUUUCUGGGGGUCACGACGCCGCUGGGGAGUCAUGCUAGUCUGAUGAGUUGGGUUCGUGAUUAGCUCGGAGAUUGGAUGAUUGGUCCACGUAUGCAGUGAUGUCUACGUCCUCUAAUAAGCCAUAAGGUCGUGGAUCACUCUAUCGAUGUGGUUUCCCACAUCCCCCAGUAUUGAAGGGUGAAGGAUUAGGGUUAGGGUUAGGCUCGUAACCAG